AUGAAGUUCUCCUUCACCGCCCUCCUUGUCCUGGUCGCCAGCACCUUCACCGAGGCAAAGCCGCACAAGGCCCCCAUGCUCGGCUUGGAGGGUCCCCAGUUGUGGGAGAAGUCCCAGUGUGACCUCACCCGCUGGCCCUCGUCCCCACUGCCGAGCCUCACGCACAGUUACCACAUCACGUCCGUCAUCGACGAGAACACCGCCCGCCUCUGUGGCCGGCUCUGGCACAACCUCAGCCGCUUCAGCUCGUGCGGCGCCAUCACCAGACCGUGGUGCGAGGACAACAGCUCCGAGGCCGGGGUGAGGCGCAUCAACUGGGGCUUCACCCUGACGAUGCUCUGCGACCCCGGCUGCGUCGAGUCGGCCUGGUUCGAAGCCACUAGGAAUAGAUACGGCGGUAUCAACUGCUAA